AGGGGCUCAGCGCUGUCAUGGCGGCAGAGAGCAGCCGCGUUUGCAGCCGAGGCAGGAAGAGAUGGGGCUAAUUGAGACCGCAGGGUGAGGCAGCGGCGGCUGAAACUUUCAGCUCCUUCCCGCUCCGCGAGCGGCGGGUGCUUCUGCGCUAGGGGGGCUAGCGGCGCAAGGGCUCGCGAGUGGGGCAGCAGAGCAGAGCAGCCCGCUCCCCGCCCCUCAGCCGGGCAUUACCCCCCCCCCCCUCCGCGGCGCACGAGACGCGAGGAGGAGAAUUGGGGUCUUUCAAACGACUGGACGUGUUGCCUUUCGGGGCUUUACGUACCUGCCUCGGGGCAGUGGGGCAGCUGACCCAACCCUGCUGUUGAGGAAAAGCCAAGUUUGGGCGAGCGUUCUCCACACACCCUGUACUUGGGGUGUUUCGCAAGUUGGACCUGAAGAGAGAGUGAGCAAGAGACCCUUUCCCUGCCACUGAAAUCACUCCUCAUUGGCUGUGGCGGCUGUGCCUCUGGCAUCUCAGCUAGUGAUAAUUUGAAUUUAGCUAGCUAUGGCUAGUGAAGACAAACAGGUUCUUCAGCCAACAGGUGAUGGUGGAGGAGGAGGGAAAGGAGGAAGUGCUGCUGAAGUGGGGAGUACGCUGCAGCCCUUGAACCCAGGAGUCCCUAUCCGAGGCAUCAGGAUGAAAUUUGCAGUGCUGACGGGACUGGUGGAAGUUGGCGAAGUAUCCAACAGGGAUAUUGUAGAAACUGUAUUUAACCUGCUUGUUGGGGGACAUUUUGAUCUGGAAAUGAACUUUAUUAUCCAAGAAGGAGAGAGUAUCAUCUGCAUGGUAGACUUGCUGGAUAAAUGUGACAUCACUUGCCAGGCUGAGGUAUGGAGCAUGUUUACAGCAAUCCUGAAGAAGAGUAUACGGAAUCUACAAGUCUGCACAGAAGUGGGGCUUGUUGAACAAGUGCUACAGAGAAUUGAUAAAGCUGACAAUAUGAUUGCAGAUCUCUUAGUUGAUAUGUUGGGAGUGCUGGCUAGCUAUAAUUUGACGGUCCGGGAGCUAAAAUUGUUCUUCAGCAAACUCCAAGGAGAAAAAGGAAAAUGGCCACCACAUGCUGGAAAAUUAUUGUCUGUGUUAAAACACAUGCCUCAUAAAUAUGGUCCUGAUGCCUUCUUCAACUUUCCAGGAAAAAGUGCUGCAGCUAUUGCCUUACCUCCUAUAGCCAAGUGGCCCUACCAGAAUGGAUUUACCUUUCACACUUGGUUAAGAAUGGAUCCUGUAAAUAAUAUCAAUGUGGAUAAGGAUAAGCCUUACUUAUAUUGUUUUCGAACAAACAAAGGACUUGGUUAUUCUGCUCACUUUGUUGGAGGCUGUUUGAUUGUGACAUCAAUAAAGUCAAAGGGAAAAGGAUUCCAGCACUGUGUGAAAUUUGAUUUCAAGCCACAGAAGUGGUAUAUGGUUACUAUAGUGCAUAUCUAUAACCGCUGGAAGAAUAGUGAACUUCGGUGCUAUGUGAAUGGGGAACUAGUAUCGUAUGGAGAGAUAACGUGGUUUGUCAAUACCAGUGAUACGUUUGAUAAAUGUUUCCUGGGUUCUUCAGAAACAGCAGAUGCUAAUCGAGUGUUUUGUGGGCAGAUGACAGCUGUUUACCUUUUUAGUGAUGCUCUCAAUGCUGCUCAGAUUUUUGCCAUUUAUCAGCUUGGCCUGGGAUACAAGGGAACGUUUAAAUUCAAGACAGAAAGUGAUCUCUUCCUUGCUGAGCAUCACAAACUGUUACUGUAUGAUGGCAAAUUGUCCAGUGCUAUUGCUUUCACGUACAAUCCAAGGGCUACUGAUGCACAGCUCUGUCUAGAAUCAUCCCCCAAAGAUAACCCUUCUAUCUUUGUUCAUUCACCACAUGCUCUCAUGCUUCAGGAUGUGAAAGCAGUCCUAACACAUUCUAUCCAAAGUGCUAUGCAUUCAAUUGGAGGAGUGCAGGUACUUUUCCCUCUGUUUGCACAGUUAGACCAUAGGCAAUAUUCUUUGGACCAAGUUGACACGACUGUUUGUUCUACUUUGCUGGCUUUCAUCAUGGAGUUGCUGAAGAACUCCAUUGCUAUGCAAGAGCAGAUGCUUUCCUGUAAGGGCUUCCUUGUGAUAGGACAUUGUCUUGAAAAGUCUUCCAAAGUCCAUGUUACCAGAGUUGUGCUAGAACUAUGCCUUGCAUUUGCUAAAUACCUGAGUAAUCUGCACAAUGGGAUUCCCUUGCUUAAACAGCUGUGUGAUCACAUUCUCCUUAACCCUGCAAUAUGGAUUCAUACACCAGCAAAGGUUCAGCUGAUCCUGUACACUUACCUGUCUACUGAGUUCAUUGGCACUGUUAACAUAUACAAUGCAGUUCGGCGUGUUGGGACAGUUCUUCUGGUAAUGCACUCCUUAAAAUAUUACUACUGGGCCGUGAACCCUCAAGAUCGCAGUGGUAUUACUCCAAAAGGUGUAGAUGGACCACGCCCUAAUCAGAAGGAGAUUUUAUCUCUGCGAGCAUUCUUACUGAUGUUCAUUAAACAACUAGUGAUGAAGGAUUAUGGAGUGAAAGAAGAUGAAUUGCAGGCUAUCCUCAAUUAUCUGCUCACAAUUCAUGAGGAUGACAAUCUAAUGGAUGUCUUGCAGUUGCUUGUUGCUCUGACAUCAGAGCAUCCCAGUUCUAUGAUUCCUGCUUUUGAUCAGAGGAAUGGAUUACGGGUUGUCUACAAACUUCUAGCAUCAAAAAGUGAAGGGAUCAGGGUACAAGCUCUAAAAGUGAUGGGCUACUUCUUAAAACAUCUAGCACCUAAGAGAAAAGCUGAAGUCAUGCUUGGACAUGGAUUAUUCUCUUUGCUGGCUGAAAGGCUGAUGCUUCAUACAGGCUUAAUCACCAUGACCACGUACAAUGUCCUGUUUGAGAUUCUUAUUGAACAAAUUUGCACUCAAGUAAUACAUAAACAGCAUCCUGACCCAGAUUCAACAGUGAAGAUACAAAAUCCUCAGGUAUUGAAAGUAAUUGCGACCCUACUACGUAACUCUCCCCAGUGCCCGGAAGCUCUGGAGGUUCGUCGAGCUUUUCUCUCAGACAUGAUUAAACUUUUUAAUAACAGCAGAGAAAAUAGGAGGAGCUUGUUGCAGUGCUCAGUGUGGCAGGAGUGGAUGCUUUCUCUUUGCUAUUUCAACCCCAAGAACUCUGAAGAGCAGAAGAUAACUGAAAUGGUGUAUGCCAUUUUUAGAAUCUUGCUUUAUCAUGCAGUCAAAUAUGAGUGGGGUGGCUGGCGAGUUUGGGUGGAUACACUGUCAAUCACACAUUCAAAGGUAACGUUUGAAAUGCAUAAAGAGAGCCUUUCCCAAAUGUACCGGGAUUACCAAAGGAAAGGCGGUGAAGGAAGUGGAACAGUUCCUUUCACCCCUGUUAGAACUAUCUCAGGAGUUAGCAGAGAAGCUGAAUUCGCAAGGAGGCAACAGCAGGUGGAGGUGAAAGAAGCUGCUGCUUCUGCAUCUGUUGGGGCUGAUAGCAUGGAGCACAGUGCUCAGAAAAAUGAGAUAAAAGCCUCAUCUGAAAGUGAGCUACAAAGUCAUUCACCAUCUAAUGAAGGGAAGAAAUCUGAGGGAGAAAAUGGUCAGAGAUCACCUGACUUAAACAGAGCAGCUUGCUUAGAAUUUCCUUCACAGACAGAAGCAGUAAAACCAGGGGAUUCAGAAAUCACUUUUGGAAUUGCUGAAGCAAUUGCAGAUUCUCUGAGUAAAGAACUUGUGGAAGAAACAGCAGCUACUGAUGGGGCUUCUCUAACUGCACAAACGGUUUUAGAAGGGGAGACACCUGAAAGCCCAGAAAUGCUGGAAGAAUUUUCACCAGAGGUGGAAGAUGACUUUGUUGAUUUAAAAGAGGAAAGCAAUCUGCCUUUACCUUCAGAAGAGUUGGUACUAAAACCCAGUGAAGAGAAUAGCUCACCUGAAAGUGAAAGCCAAAUAACAAUAGCAACGAAAGAGGAAACUGUUGUUGAGGAACCUGAGUCAGUACUUUUAGAAUCCAAAAGUGCUGAAAUCUUGAAUGAGACAAGAGAAGAAUUGGCUUCCUUAUCAGAAACAGUGACCGCUGAAGUCCAAGAGGAGACAAGUCAACUAAAUUCAGAAGUGAGUGAGAAGUUAAAGGAAUUAAAAACUGAUAUCAGUGAAACCAAAGCAACUGGAGAAGAUGCAAACACACAUACUUCAGAAGCUUCUGUGGCCUCAGAGAAAAGAAUUGCCAAGCUUGAUGUUUCCAGUGUUGCAUCAGACACACAGAGACUGGAACUAAAACCCAGCACAAGCCUGGAAGCAACUCAGCCUCUUAGACCCCUACCUGAGAUAUCAAGGCAGGAAGAUUCAUCAGGACAAGACUUGGCUGCUGCAUCUGAUGGGCAGAGAAGAGAUUCCAGGUCGACUAUGUUUCGUAUUCCUGAAUUUAAGUGGUCCCAGAUGCAUCAACGUUUGCUCACAGAUUUACUCUUUUCAAUAGAAACAGAUAUACAGAUGUGGAGAAGCCAUUCUACAAAGACUGUGAUGGACUUUGUGAACAGCAGUGACAAUGUCAUCUUUGUACACAACACAAUUCACCUCAUCUCUCAAGUUAUGGACAACAUGAUCAUGGCUUGCGGUGGUAUAUUGCCAUUGCUUUCUGCUGCUACAUCUGCUACACAUGAAUUAGAGAAUAUAGAGCCAACUCAAGGACUUUCAAUAGAAGCUUCGGUAACAUUUCUUCAGAGAUUAAUCAGCCUUGUGGAUGUGUUAAUUUUUGCAAGCUCUCUUGGCUUCACUGAAAUUGAGUCUGAGAAAAAUAUGUCAUCUGGAGGAAUUCUGAGACAAUGCCUUCGACUGGUGUGUGCAGUGGCAGUAAGAAAUUGUUUGGAGUGCCAGCAGCAUGCACAAAUGAAACCUAUUGGAGAAACUGUAAGGAGUCAGAAAACAAUGCAGAGCCUAAUAGGAACAGGGAAGUCUGCAGCAAAGAGUCCAGUUGACAUUGUGACUGGUGGAAUUUCUCCAAUACGAGACCUUGACAGACUUCUGCAGGAUAUGGAUAUUAACCGGCUUCGAGCAGUAGUGUUCAGAGAUAUAGAGGAUAGUAAACAGGCUCAGUUCUUGGCCUUGGCUGUAGUAUAUUUUAUCUCAGUCCUUAUGGUGUCAAAAUACAGAGACAUACUGGAACCCCAGAAUGAACGGAGGCAACCUCAUCAUAGCCAGUCAUUCAAGGGAACAGAGAAUGGAAGUAGUGAGGCAACAUCUACAGAUGUAGAAAACCCAUCUGCUACUACUGGUGCUUCAACUCCAGUAUCAACAGAAGAUUCUGAAAGCUCAGCACCUGUACGAAGAAGAGACUCAGGCAUUGGAGAGGAAUCAACUUCAGGUCAAGCAAACAAUUCAGAUGCUGUAGCUGAAGCAGGACCUCAGAGUGCCAUUUCAGGUCCAGAUGCUAUCAGUGAAGUAUUAUGCACACUUUCUUUAGAAGUCAGUAAACCUCAGGAAAACAGGAGUGAGGCAGGAAAUGAGUUGACUGAGAAGACUGUAUCUUCUGUACCAUCUGCAAAAAAUGUCAACGUAAAGGACAUUCUCAGAAGCUUGGUUAGCACCCCAGCAGAUAGUGCCACAGUGGAUCCUACCCUUCUGCCACCAACCUUCCUUGGAACUCUUGGUGAUACCGCUGCUGAGCAGCAUGUGCAAUUCCGUUCCUUUGACAGGAGUGUCGUCGUAGCUCCAAAGAAAUCAACAAUUUCCCCUUCUACAGCUACCAUGAGUGUACCCACAAAUGCUGUCAGCGUGGUUUCUUCAUUAGAUUCAGCGCAGGCCCCAGACCUGACAGGAGAAUCUCCUGGCAGUGGAUCAUCUAAUUCAAAAUUGCCACCUGUGCCUACAGUUUCUUCUGUGCCAGAGGAUUCUGCUUCAAAUAUGAGCAUUACAGAGAGGCUUGAACAUGCUUUGGAAAAGGCUGCCCCUCUUCUGAGAGAGAUUUUUGUGGAUUUUGCUCCCUUUCUUUCUCGCACUCUUUUGGGUAGCCAUGGGCAGGAGCUGCUGAUAGAAGGUACAAGUCUGGUCUGCAUGAAAUCUAGUAGUUCAGUGGUGGAGUUGGUCAUGUUACUUUGCUCUCAGGAGUGGCAGAACUCAAUACAGAAGAAUGCAGGCCUAGCAUUUAUUGAACUUGUCAACGAAGGAAGAUUGCUGAGCCAAACGAUGAAGGAUCAUUUAGUGAGAGUGGCAAAUGAAGCAGAAUUUAUCCUGAGUAGACAGAGAGCAGAGGAUAUUCACAGACACGCUGAAUUUGAGUCGCUGUGUGCCCAGUAUUCUGCAGAUAAACGAGAGGAUGAAAAGAUGUGUGAUCAUUUGAUAAGAGCAGCCAAGUUCCGAGAUCAUGUGACUGCAUCCCAACUAAUACAGAAAAUUAUCAACAUUCUGACAGACAAGCACGGAGCCUGGGGAAAUUCUGCAUCAAGUCGUCCUCGUGAGUUCUGGCGCCUUGACUACUGGGAAGAUGACUUGCGGCGCCGGCGACGAUUUGUGCGAAACCCCCUUGGAUCGACACAUCCUGAAGCGACACUAAAAGCAGCUGUAGAACAUGCUCCAGACGAAGACGUGCUUCUUAAAGGAAAGCAGUCCAUCAAGAGUCAGGUUUUAGGAAAUCAGAACUCGGAGAGUGAGAUUCUCUUGGAAGGCGACGAUGAUACCUUGUCAUCCAUUGAGGAGAAAGAUUUGGAGAACUUAAUUGGUCCAGUUAGCCUGUGCACACCAGCACAGCUUGUGGCCCCCUCUGUAAUAGUGAAGGGCACUCUUUCCAUCACCUCUUCUGAACUCUGCUUUGAGGUAGAUGAAGAAGAUCCCAGUUUUAAGAAAAUCGACCCCAAGAUUCUGGCUUAUACAGAGGGACUCCAUGGAAAAUGGCUGUUCGCAGAGAUUCGGUCAAUUUUUUCCCGACGCUAUCUCCUGCAAAAUACAGCAUUAGAGAUCUUCAUGGCAAACAGAGUUGCUAUCAUGUUCAACUUCCCAGACCCAGCAACAGUAAAAAAAGUGGUUAAUUGUCUACCACGUGUUGGCAUUGGCACUAGCUUUGGGCUACCACAGACCAGGAGUGAUUCUAAAAUCUUCAAUAAAGAAAACGAAAACCUAAUAGGUUAUGACAUUAAGUACGCGCAUGGAACCAAUGUAGGAAGUAACAAACAACCUAUUGGUGCUCUAAACCCAAAGAGAGCAGCAUUCUUCGCAGAGCGAUAUGAAUCAUGGGAAGAUGAUCAGGUUCCAAAGUUUCACUAUGGCACUCAUUACUCAACUGCAAGUUUUGCACUCACUUGGUUGUUGAGAAUUGAGCCCUUUACAACAUUUUUCCUUCAUGUACAAGGCGGGAAGUUUGACCAUGCAGAUAGGACUUUUUCAUCAAUUUCAAGAGCAUGGCGCAACAGCCAGCGUGACACGUCUGAUAUAAAGGAGCUGAUUCCUGAAUUUUAUUAUCUCCCAGAGAUGUUUGUCAACCUCAACAAUUACAAUCUUGGUGUGAUGGAUGAUGGAACAGUGGUAUCUGAUGUUGAACUUCCACCAUGGGCCAAAACCCCAGAAGAAUUUGUUCGCAUAAACAGGCUGGCGUUGGAGAGUGAGUUUGUUUCGUGCCAGCUUCACCAAUGGAUUGAUCUAAUUUUUGGCUACAAACAGCAAGGGCCAGAGGCUGUCCGAUCCCUGAAUGUAUUCUACUAUUUAACCUAUGAAGGAGCAGUCAAUCUGAGUUCAAUAACUGAUCCUGUAUUGAGAGAGGCUGUUGAAGCUCAAAUACGAAGUUUUGGACAGACCCCUUCCCAACUACUCAUAGAGCCACAUCCUCCAAGAAGUUCUGCCAUGCAGGUGUAUCUCCUCCUGCAGAGUCCAUUGAUGUUCACAGACCAAGCUCAACAGGAUGUUAUCAUGGUCCUAAAGUUCCCAUCCAACUCCCCUGUCGCUCAUGUAGCAGCCAACACCCAGUCUGGUCUGGCAACUCCUGCUGUGAUCACAGUCACUGCUAAUAGGCUAUUUGCUGUGAACAAGUGGCAUAACCUUCCUGCUCAUCAAGGUGCUGUACAGGACCAGCCAUACCAGCUGCCAGUGGAAAUCGAUCCUCUCAUAGCCAGCAAUACAAGUAUGCACAGGAGACAAAUCACUGACCUGUUAGACCAAAGCAUUCAGGUCCAUUCCCAGUGUUUUGUCAUCACCUCUGACAAUCGUUAUAUCCUGGUUUGUGGCUUUUGGGACAAGAGUUUCCGGGUCUAUUCUACUGAUACAGGUAAACUAAUACAAGUAGUGUUUGGGCACUGGGAUGUUGUCACCUGUCUUGCCCGCUCUGAAUCGUACAUUGGAGGAAAUUGUUACAUUCUCUCAGGAUCACGUGAUGCAACACUGCUGCUCUGGUACUGGAAUGGCAAAACCAAUAGCAUUGGUGAUAACUCAAGUGGUGAUUUUGCCACUCCCCGAGCUGUCUUGACAGGACAUGACUAUGAGAUUGUUUGUGCUACAGUUUGUGCUGAACUUGGUCUGGUAAUAAGUGGUGCUAAAGAAGGGCCAUGUCUCAUACAUUCUAUGAAUGGAGACCUAUUGAGGACAUUAGAAGGUCCUGAAAACUGCUUGAGACCAAAACUUAUCCAGGCUUCAAGAGAGGGCCACUGUAUCAUAUACUAUGAAAAUGGCCUUUUCUGUGUAUUCAGCGUGAAUGGGAAACUUCAGGCCACUAUGGAAACAGAUGACAAAAUAAGGGCAAUCCAGCUGAGCCGUGAUGGACAGUAUCUGCUUACAGGCGGAGACAAUGGGGUCAUCAUGGUAUGGCAAGUGUGUGACCUCAAGCAGCUUUUUGCUUACCCAGGCUGUGAUGCUGGAAUCCGUUCCAUGGCCCUGUCAUAUGACCAAAGGUGUAUAAUGACUGGCAUGGCUUCUGGGAGCAUAGUGCUUUUCUACAAUGAUUUCAACCGAUGGCAUCAUGAAUAUCAAACCAGAUACUAAUGUUGCAACAGACCAGAACUAGCACUGACAAGGGCAGCUGCUGUCAGAAUGAAACUGAACAUAGCAAACCUCUAUUCAGUAUCCUGCCGCAGCGUUGUUCUGUAUAAAUAGCUAUAUUACAGCUGAAUGUAACUUAAAUUUGCUCGAAGAAGCAAACUAUUUUUUAAAAUUAAUUGCUAUUUUUGUAGACUUUGCAUGAUUUUUUGGGGCAAAGGGCAAAGAAGCAGAAAAAUGGCUGCUGGGUUCUGUAGUUAAAAAUCUAUAUUUUUAGUCAUAAUGAGAAGUCUAUUUUGAUUCAUGUAUGGAAAGAAACUUAAAAUAAAGAUAGUUAAAACUCUUAUUCUAGCUAUAUUAUGAAGAAAUACAUUUCCCAUCUAAAGCUUUAUCUAUAACCUUGAGGAAUAUAUGAUUUUAACAAAUUGAAAGUGGGUUAUAAUACUGGGGAUUUUAAUUUGUGCUACAUUUUGUCUUGAUGUACUUUUCCAAAUGAUUGUACUUCUUCAGCACUGAAGUUUCUGGGAAUCAAUAAUAAUAUUUAAAUUAUGAUAAAUGUAAUUUUAAACAUGACAAGGAAUUGUUUCCAUCAAUAUUACUAUUCAAGCAUGUUUCUAGACCUAGACAAUUCGUUCUUUUUUUAGUUAUAUGUUUUUGUUGUGCAGUUAAGAGGGAGAAAUCAGCAACAGAGUCUGUGUUACAUCAAAUGUGAAUCCUACUAGUUUUUACCUGAUAUCUCCUUCAGAGCACACCAAAAUGUGCAUUGUUCCUCAAAAUCAAAACUUCAAGGGGAGUUUGGAUAUGUCCUCAAACUAGCAACCUACACAAUAUUUCUUUUUAAUUAGAUGCAAGUACCAAAGCACACUUCUGCUGCUUGACUAUGAAAGCACUAAGAGGCAGGCAUUCAAAUGUUCAUAGCCUUGACAUCUUUGCAGAAGCUCUAGACUUGCAAACUUCUUUCCCAUUUACUUUUUUUCUUCAGAGGACUAACCACCAUAGUUACGUAGCAGAUUCCAUAUCUUGCGCUGUGUAUGACAACAAAACCAUUCAGUUUCUGCUACCAAAUCCAAUCCAAUCUUGUCCAAUCAUGUUAAUAAAUUAUCUCCUCCCUUAGGAAAUGAAAAAUAACUUAUACUAAGGAACAAUAAGUUAUUUUGGUGUUGCAUAAUUCUACUUUUCUACAAGAUUGCUGUGCAGAAUUCUGUGAAAAUAUUUGUGAAAAGAACUGUAUUGUUUUGUAAGUCUGUAUUGCAUAAAUAACUCUUUGUAUGUUGUGAUCUAUAUGAGUUAAAACUUACAUUCCAUAUCUGUAUCAAUUUCUCUAGCUGCCUACUGGAGCAGUUCCCAUUUUUCUCUUUUAAGCAGAGAUUUGGAAUGAGAAAACUCAGUUUGAGUGAAGAAAUUAAAUAAAAUGGCAUUUGUAAUUGAGACCUUCAAUGCAGUGCAUUGGGCUCUUGUGUUUUCAAUAUGUACAUACAGCCACCAUCACCCAAUGCAUUUGCAAUACAAAGAAAACACAGGGUUUUGAGACAAUAAUGGCCUGCUUUUUCACUGUGUUAUACCAUUUUUAUGCUGGUACAGUGUAUCUAUAUUGAUGUCAGUGGAGUUACACACUAAGGUAUAACAGAAUGGAGAAUCUGGUUAAUGAUAUGUGGUAGUCAUUAUCUCUACCUGAUAAAGUGCGGAACAGUCACCCACUAAUAAAAUGCCUUGAAUUGAGAAUGAGGUUGUAUAAAAAUAAAUGUACUUUACAAACUUUU